AAGGCAAGAAAAAAAAAAGCUAACAACCAAAAAAAAACCAGAAAGAAACCCCAAGACCAAGCGUAGCCGCGGUCCCCUCUCGUUUAUUUUUUUACCGGAGAAGGAGGAACGGCGGAGGAAAGAGCGAGCGAAUCGAGGAGAGCAAGCGCGUUGGGAAUGCCAGAGCCGCGGGCUGCGCGCCGGAGGAGGAGGUGGCGGAGCAGGGGGCAGGCCAGAUCUGACAGAUAGCGGAUAUGAGGACUUUGCUGACUUCAGAAAGCUGACAGAAAGCAACAGACCUCAGUGAAAUACCCCUCCAAGAACAGAGACUUUUGGUAGCAUUAAAUUGACCUGUUGUUCAACUACAAAGACAUGGCAACUGGUUCUUUCAGCACACAUGGAGGAAGGCAACAAACAUUGUAACCCUGGCUAAAAAGACUCUGUUUUCCUUAUCAAAAGUAGGAGUUAGGGCAAUUAUAAAAGGAUUAUUUUAUUGUUAGCCUCCAGGACUUUAACUCUGCCUGAACACUGGACAUAAAUAGAAGCCAAUUUUAAUGACCUGAGAUUUUGUUACCUGUGUGUUAUUAUUGUUAUCAGUUCCUGAAUAGUUUGGUACUUUAUUUCUUUAAAUUAGAAAUGGGUUCGUGGACUAAAAUGUGGCCCACAGAUUGGGCUCUUCUCAUGAAAUCAUGGCUCAUCUUUUCCCUGGGGCUCUACAUACAGGUCUCCAAAACUUUGGCCUGCCCAAAAGUGUGCCGCUGUGACAGAAACUUUGUCUACUGUAAUGAACGAAGCUUGACCUCAGUGCCUCUUGGGAUACCGGAGGGUGUAACCGUCCUCUACCUCCAUAAUAACCAAAUUAAUAAUGCUGGAUUUCCUGCAGAGUUGCACAAUGUCCAGUCUGUGCACACAGUCUACCUGUAUGGCAAUCAAUUGGAUGAAUUCCCCAUGAACCUGCCCAAGAAUGUCAGGGUUCUCCACCUGCAGGAAAACAACAUUCAGACUAUUUCACGUGCUGCUCUUGCUCAGCUUUUGAAGCUGGAAGAGCUGCACCUGGAUGACAACUCCAUCUCCACCGUUGGUGUUGAGGAUGGGGCUUUCCAGGAAGCCAUCAGCCUCAAGCUUCUGUUCUUGUCCAAGAAUCACUUGAGCAGUGUGCCAGUAGGCCUUCCGCUGGACUUACAAGAACUUCGCGUGGACGAAAACCGAAUUGCUGUCAUUUCAGACCUGGCCUUCCAGAAUCUGACAAGUCUGGAGCGUCUGAUCGUGGAUGGCAAUCUCCUUACUAAUAAAGGCAUAGCUGAAGGCACCUUUAGCCACCUCUCCAAGCUUAAGGAAUUCUCAAUAGUUCGGAAUUCACUGACUUACCCUCCUCCCGAUCUUCCAGGUACACAUCUGCUAAGACUUUAUUUGCAGGACAACCAGAUAACCCAUAUACCACUUACAGCCUUUUCAAACCUCCACAAACUGGAACGUCUUGAUAUUUCCAACAAUCAACUUCGGAUGUUGGCAAAGGGAGUAUUUGAUAAUCUCCAUAACCUGAGACAACUCACUGUAAGGAAUAACCCCUGGUUAUGUGACUGCAGCAUUAAGUGGGUCACUGAAUGGCUCAAAUUUAUUCCUGCUUCCAUCAAUGUACGGGGUUUUAUGUGCCAGGGACCAGAGCAGGUCCGAGGUAUGGCAGUCAGGGAGCUCAAUAUGAAUAUGUUGUCAUGCCCCACCACCACCCCUGGUCUGCCGCUUAUCAUCACGCCAGUCCCAGCUACAACCGUGCCAACUACAUUAGCUCCCAGCUCAUCAUUUCCUCCCUCAAGUAGUAAAUAUAAUCCUCUCACUCCCAUUAUUGCCACACUCCCCACUGUGCCUGACAGGGAGGACAGAGAAAGAGUGACACCUCCUUUGUCUGAAUGGAUUCAGCUCUCCGUCCACUUUGUGAAUGACACUUGCAUCCAAGUCAACUGGAUGUCACUUUUUUCAGUGAUGGCAUAUAAACUCACAUGGGUUAAAAUGGGCCAUAGUCUGGUAGGAGGAAUUGUUCAUGAACGAAUAAUUAGUGGUGAGAAGCAGCAAUCAAGCUUGGUAAAUCUGGAGCCCAAAUCCACUUACCGGAUUUGUUUGGUUCCACUGGAUACUUACAACAACUACCGAACUGGAGAAGACACUGUCUGUUCGGAAGCCACAACCAAGGCUUCCUUUUUGAAUGGCAGCAACAUCCCCUCCAGCCAUGAACAGACGACUUCUCAGAACCUGGGCUCCCCAUUUCUGCUGGCAGGGCUGAUUGGGGGUGCGGUGAUAUUUGUCCUCAUGGUCUUGCUCAGCGUUUUUUGCUGGCACAUGCACAAAAAAGGUCGUUACACCUCCCAGAAGUGGAAAUAUAACCGGGGCCGUCGGAAAGAUGACUACUGCGAGGCAGGGACCAAGAAGGACAACUCCAUCCUGGAGAUGACGGAAACCAGCUUCCAGAUUGUCUCCUUAAAUAAUGAUCAGCUCCUUAAAGGAGAUUUCAGACUGCAGCCCAUUUAUACCCCAAACGGGGGCAUUAACUACACAGACUGCCACAUCCCCAACAACAUGCGAUACUGCAACAGCAACGUCUCAGACCUGGAGCACUGUCACACGUGAUAGUGAGGGAAGAUGGGGGUCUCUAGGACAAGGAGAAAAGAAACUCUAGAAAAAAUAAGCCCCCCAACAAUAAUGAAAAAAAAAUUACAUUUGAUAAAUGUUACACAGAUGCAUUUAUGCAUUUGAAUACUCUGUAAUUUAUACGGUGUACUAUAUAAUGGGAUUUAAAAAAAAGUGCUAUCUUUUCUAUUUCAAGUUAAUUGCAAAUGGUUUUGUAACUCUUUGCUUUUUAAAUCUUUAAAAAAUAUUGCUGAGUACUGUACAGGGUUGUACAAUAAGAACCCAAUGUCAUGGCAAAGGAAAGAAUGACUCAUUCUUCAAACAUUAACCACUUUGCUGUCGAAGCAGUCUGAGGGAUGUUAAGUUUCUAGGUGUCCUGAAUUACAGGAAAAUAAGUGCAUAUUAAAACAGGUCACUAGGAACAGACAAAAGCAAUUCAGAUAAAAUGGGCACAACCCUUCUGACUUGAACCCAGCAGUUACUGUUGAGCUUCAAACAAUUGGAAACUCAUCCGUUCCUCUUUGUCAGUACUGCACUUCUCACCUCCAACUGAAAGCUGGAGUUCUGAGUGCUGCCAAUAAAGCUACUUUCUUUCUUUGAUUAGUUUUCUUUCAAUCUACUUGGAAUAGGAAACGUGGAAAGAGCUCAGUGUCAAACUCAAAGUGACCUUGAUUCCUAUUUGCAAAAGUUGCUCUGAAAAUGUCCCCAGCGCUAGAUACUUUAUCUUAGAAACUGUUUGUGCUUUUCAUUAGGAUUAAGAAGCUUUAGGCAUUCUCGACCCUGCUCAGUGGGAGGUGAAGGUUAUGUAACAGUAUGUAACAGAGGGCUGUCAUUAAGUUAUGCCUCUUGAUAGAGCAGUAUUUGUUGACAUGGCAUGUUCAGGUAAAGCAGGAAUAAGGGAAAUUCUGAGUGCUCCCAGCUCUGCAGUAUUCAUGUACAUGUUCAUGUAAUUUGAAAUCUAAAAGUGCAUAUUGCUGAAAACAUGGUGCAAAAUCUAAUGAUAAUGGAAAAGUUUUGCUAAUAAUUUGUAUGGUUCAAGUUUUGACUUAAGGGUCUGGGUUAUGUUCAGUACGGAAAAUAAGGAGGGAGAAAAAGACAAAAAGAUAAAACAAACAAGAAAUAUAUUGUAAAAAGUUAUUUAGUACUGGAAAGACCUCCAGGGCUAUUUUGAACUGAAAUACGUUCAGUGGGGAAAACCAUGUACAAAUCUUGGUGGGUUUUGUUUGUUUGUUUGUUUUGUUUUUUUUCCUUCCCAAUUAAAGUAUACAGAGACUGACAUUAGCUAAGCAUUUGUUUGACCGGGGAAUUUUGAGAACACAGGUACAAUGUCCCUCUGAAUUACCCUUCUUUUACCUUAAGCAUUUUCGUGUUUUCCAUAAUGAUUUUUGCUUCACAAGCAGUAGGUGGGUUUAGAAUUUGCUUUUUCAUACCCUCAGAUUCUUUAGCUGCAAUACCUUCUCAGUCCUUGAGCUUUACAUGCACUAUGCAAAACAUCAUGCUUGUAUUCAAACAGUAAUGCAGCUCUCAAAAUUAUGUAAUAUUUCAGCCACUCUACUAACUCAGUGACUGCCAAGAACUAUGGUGGAAUCUAAUUAUUUGGGGGUUUUUCAGUUUGCUUUUUUAACAUAGCUAAUUUUCUCCUGAGUUUGGGGACAAGCUAAAGCUACAUCACAUUGAAUAAUAAAAAGAAAAAGAAAAAAAAAAAGGUAGAGACAAAACUUCCCUGAGAUAGUAGGGAACCAAAGAGAGAAAGUUUUACAGUUAACACCUAGGGAUAGACAGAAAGUUGCUGCAUGUGGAUUGGCAGUAAAGGCUGAAGCACUUUCACAGUGGAAUGCUUAGACUUUUCACUUUAUGAAGCUCCUUAUGCUGCAAGAGAGGGUUUUAAUCCUUUCCUUCACUCAUUUCACUCAACCCAUUCUUGAAACUCAGCAGUCUAUGAGGAUGUAUUUUUUGCAAUUCAGAUCACAUGAUAACACUAAUUUUCUGUGAUGACAAAAUGAGCCUAGCUAUGAUUGAUGGCAAAGUAUGACCAUUUUGUAAGGAACCAUCUCCACCCACCAACACCUUUUAAAAUGACAUUUUGAAAUUCCACUCUAUAUUCUGUAUAUUUGUUAUUUUCUCCAGCUAUAGCAGGUAUUCUAAGCAACCUGUGUGGCUACUGUAAUAGUUAUAUCACUAAAAUUUUGCUGAUUAAAAGUUUAUCAUAUGAUUACAAAUGGCAUUAUUCUGGGUAGAAAGUCUAUGCAAAAGUGAGGAUUUUUUUCUGUGAUCUGCUUACUGAUGAUAAGGUUAAUACUUUGGGGCUUUGUUUGUUUGUUUAUUUGUUUGUUUGUUUGUUUUAGUGGCUUUUUGUUGUUUUUCUUUUGCUUUUUUUUGUUUUGCUUUGUUUUGUUUGAGGUAUUUUAGGUGCCCCAGCUCAAAAAACAGGCAGCAAAUAGUUGUGCCUCUUCACAUGCUUCUGUUGCAUGCUGGAAUUUGCUUGGAGUUAAGCAGAGCCAGUAAUUUCCAUUGGGUGUGGACCUAGUAUUUCAUUUCAGUGAAAUUACUGGUUGUACAUUCAGUUUCAAAAGGCCUCCUUUGAAAGUACAUGCCUACGUGUGUUUUUUACUUCAAUGACUGAUGCAGGAGGAAUCUUCUGUUCUAGACCUCAGUAUACCAUAGGCACCUUAUUUGUAGCAAUUGGCUUAUUCAGGGAAUUUGGCCUGUACUGCAGGUGAAUGAUCCACAAACCAAACCUGAUGAGAACAGUCUGGUUACUUAUGAAAUAGGGUGAAA